AUGACACAGACAAAACCCCCAGUCCAGCGUGUAUGGGCCUCCCUCAUCACCAACCUCUCUUAUCUCCCGGGCCUAUUAACUCUUCACCACUCCCUCAACCACCCAUCUCCAGACUCUCAUACCGCAGCAUCCUCGCCCACCGCAGCCCAACCUACAAAAUAUCCAUUCAUAGCCCUCUACACCUCCACCUUCCCACCAGAAGGCCUAGAAGUCCUCCGAGCCCGCGGCAUCCCGGCGCAAUUGGUUCCCUCCGUGACACCAGCCAUCACAAGAAAGUACGCGCAAGACCCGCGCUUUGCCGAGACAUGGAACAAGCUCAUUGUCUUUUCUCUGGAGGAAUAUGCCCGCAUCGUACUCCUUGACGGCGACAUCCUAGUUCGGCGGAACAUGGACGAGCUCAUGGAACUACCACUGGACGAGGAACGGGUUUUCGCAGCGGCGCAUGCUUGCGCCUGCAAUCCCAUGAAGAAGUCUCACUACCCUGCUACUUGGGUUCCCGAGAACUGCGCAUACACAACGCAGCAUUCGGCGGCGGCGACAGCGCAGAAUACGGCACCGCCUGCCGGGGCUGGAGUUGGAAUGCUCAAUAGUGGCGUGCUUGUUGUGCGCCCUUCUGCCAGGCACUAUAGUGAGAUAACGUCUGCGCUGCAGCAGAUCGAGCGCAUCGAGAAGUACGAUUUCCCGGACCAGGAGCUGCUGUCGGAUGUCUUCUUGGGGCGAUGGAUUGCGCUUCCGUAUGUGUAUAAUGCGCUGAAGACAUUGCGUAUGCAAGGGGUGCAUGAUGCGAUUUGGAGAGAUGAUGAAGUGCGGGCUGUGCACUACAUAUUUGCGACGAAGCCUUGGCAUGAGAGACACAAGGAAGGGGAGACCCAAGGGCUCGAUGAGACGGGGAUUUGGUGGUGGAGGGCUAAUUGGGAGAGAAUGGCGAGGGAGAGGAAGGCUGGCGUUGAAGACCAAUUCACUCGAUCGUUGACUUGA